UACUUUAAGUGUUUAUCGUUUCGUGUGUGUAAAUUUUGAUGGGAAAUGAAUUCGUUUAUUGAAAAUCUUUGCUUUUUACAGAUUCUGGGCUUCAGGAAUAUUUUCGGAAGGUUUUAAUUACUCGGGUAGAUUGAAGUCUAAUUUGAGUCUUGCAUUGGUCAUUGGGUUUCUGGUUCAGUUGGUGUAAUUUUGAGAAUCACUGCCCGAUUAAUCGGUACUCGAUAUGUCUAGUUUUGUGGGUGUUGUUGUCUCUGAUCAAUGGCUUCAGAGCCAAUUCACACAAGUCGAGCUUCGCAGCCUUAAAUCCAAGUUUGUUUCAGUAAAGAGCCAAAAUGGUAAAGUUACAGUAGAAGAUUUGCCACCCUUGAUGAUGAAAUUGAAGGCUUUUAGUACUUUGCUUACUGAGGAUGAGAUUAGGCAGAUAUUGGGUGAAUCAUAUACCGACAUGAGCACCGAGAUUGAUUUUGAGACAUUCCUCAGGGUGUAUUUAAAUAUGCAAGGUCAGUCUACAGGAAAACUGGGUGGUUCAAAGCAUUCAUCAUCGUUCCUAAAGGCCUCCACAACCACUCUCCUUCACACAAUCAGUGAAUCGGAAAAAGCCACUUAUGUAACGCACAUAAAUAUUUAUCUUGCGGACGAUCCAUUUUUAAAAGAGUUUCUUCCGCUUGAUCCAGCUACAAAUGAUAUUUUCAAUCUCGCAAAAGAUGGAGUACUCUUAUGUAAGCUUAUAAAUGUUGCUGUGCCUGGAACAAUAGACGAAAGAGCCAUCAACACAAAAAGGGUACUUAACCCGUGGGAGAGGAAUGAGAACCAUACCCUUUGCCUUAACUCUGCAAAGGCUAUUGGCUGCACUGUUGUAAAUAUUGGCACUCAAGACUUGGUUGAAGGAAGGCCUCAUCUUGUGCUUGGGUUGAUAUCUCAAAUUAUAAAGAUUCAAUUGUUAGCAGAUCUCAAUCUUAAGAAGACACCUCAGCUUGUGGAAUUGGUGGAGGAUAGCAAUGCAGAUGUUGAGGAACUUAUGGGGUUAGCUCCUGAGAAAGUUCUACUGAAAUGGAUGAAUUUCCAUUUAAAUAAAGCCGGCUAUGAGAAAAUUGUUGCUAAUUUCUCUUCAGAUGUGAAGGAUGCAAAAGCUUACACUUACCUGCUUAAUGUUCUGGCACCAGAGUACUGCAAUCCGUUGACCCUAGAUACAAAGGAUCCCAUUGAAAGGGCUAAACUUGUUCUUGACCACGCAGAGAGAAUGGGUUGCAAACGGUAUCUGAGCCCAAAAGACAUUGUUGAGGGCUCACCAAACUUGAAUCUUGCAUUUGUGGCCCAAAUCUUCCAUGAAAGGAAUGGCCUGAGCACAGAUAGCAAAAAGAUCUCUUUUGCAGAAAGGGAGACUGAUGAUGUUCAAAUUUCCAGAGAAGAGAGGUGUUUUCGACUAUGGAUCAAUAGUCUUGGAAUCGAAAGUUAUGUUAAUAAUGUCUUUGAGGAUGUUAGAACUGGUUGGAUACUUUUAGAAGUGCUUGAUAAAGUUUCUCCUGGAUCAGUGAACUGGAAGCAUGCAUCAAAACCUCCAAUUAAGUUUCCAUUUAGGAAAGUGGAAAAUUGCAAUCAAGUAGUGAAGAUCGGGAAACAGUUGAAAUUUUCCGUCGUGAAUCUUGGCGGAAAUGAUAUAGUACAAGGAAAUAAAAAGCUCAUCGUUGCUUUUCUGUGGCAAUUAAUGAGGUUUAACAUUCUUCAACUUCUCAAGAGUUUGAGAUCCCGCUCCCGCGGAAAGGAGAUAACUGAUGCAGAUAUCUUGAAUUGGGCAAACCUGAAAGUCAAAAUUUCAGGAAGAACUACCCAAAUAGAAAGCUUCAAGGACAAAAGCCUUUCAAGUGGUCUGUUCUUCCUCGAACUUUUAAGUGCGGUGGAGCCAAGAGUGGUCAACUGGAACCUUGUAACCAAGGGUGAAAGUGAUGAUGAGAAGAGGUUGAAUGCAACAUAUAUCAUAAGCGUGGCACGAAAGCUUGGGUGCUCGAUUUUCUUGUUGCCUGAGGACAUCAUGGAGCAGGUAAACCAGAAAAUGAUCCUCACAUUAACAGCCAGCAUAAUGUACUGGUGCCUUCAACAAGCGGCGGACGAGGGCGAGGCUGCUCUAUCCCCUUCAAACGGCAACGGGAGUAUUAGUUACACGUCAGAUGCAUCUCCAGCACCAUCCAUUAGUGGCGGUGAAGAUGAAAGAUCAUCGCUGUGUGGUGAGAUGUCAAGCUUGACCGUGGACGACGCUGCCUCGGACAUUACAGUUUCGUCAUCUCAAUGUGAGAAUGAAGAUACUGAAAUUGCAACUGUGUAAACCCCAUACAACUGAGAAUAUGGUUGCAGUAGGUAGAAGAAGCCAUGAAUCAACUCGUACAAUCAGAAAGUUCUUUACUUUUUCUUUUCGUUUGUUAUCAGCCAAUUGUAUUUUAGAUAAUAUUCUUUAACAAUAAUAGGAUAAAUCUCAUAAAUGGUACAAAAUCACUAUUGGAAUUGCAAAUAAUGAGGCGAUUUUGCUUU